AUGUCAUCCAACAAUAAUACAAGCAUUACAUUAGCAAUCCUACAACUUCAAACUGCUUUUCGAUAUCUAAGUUUUAUUUUAGGGUUUAUUCUAUUGAUCGGUGGUGUAUUAGGAAAUAUUCUUAAUAUAAUCGCCUUCAUUAAAGUGGGAAAUUACAAAAAUAAUGCAUGUUCACUUGACAUGUUCGUUCGAGCUUUUAUUGAUCUCUACGCUCUUCUUGCUGGUUUAGCUACUCGAAUUCUUGCUACUGGCUUUCAAAUAGAUUUUACUCUGAUGAAUAGAAUUUGGUGUAAAACUCGCGUGGGUUUUCUCGAUAUUAAUAGUCAAAGUACAUAUACUUUGAUUUGCUUACAAGCUAUUGGUGCAUUCAUGUGUUCUUCUCCAUCAGUUGUUCUACGACAGAAGAGCACUAUUCAGAUAGCACGAUAUUUAAUAGUUGGUACUCUUUGUUUUUGGUUUAUCCAUGAGAUACCCUACUUCAUCUUUUAA